GCGUCCUGCCGGCAGCACCCGCUGCUUGCCGCGUGGGGCGGGAGCCGUGCCCCUUCCCCGGGCCUCUGCACUCUUUUUAAUUGCUGUUUAAUAAAACAACAGUUACCCCGAGCUGGAUGCAUGCCACGGGCCUCUGGCUGCCAGGAGCCCUUCCCUGCGGGAUCCAAGGCAGCAGCGGUCACCAUGGGGCUGUCACCGCGCUGCCGCCCUGGUGACGGCGACGCCGGUUCCGGGAACGGUGCUAACGGCCCGGCUGGGGCAGGGGGCGGUUGUGGGGUCCCCACGGCACCAGCCAUGGCUGCGGCGACCGGUCAGACCCUGUCCCUGCGGCAGGAGCAGGUGGGGGCGGUCACUGUCCUGCAUCCCCGUCGCAUGGGGAAAGCCCGGGCAGGUUCGAGCCCCCCCCCCAUGUGUUGGUUGCUGCAGGUCCUGGCGAAGGAGAGAGCCUGCGCCGAGGGGCUGCGGAGCUGGGGGCAGGCGGCUGGGGAGCACCCCCAGCGCCAGGAGCGGAUCUGGGCCAUGUCCCUCGGGGCGCUGCGGGGGAGCCUGGCGGUGGAGCUGUGCCUGGCCUCCAAGGAGCAAACCACGGUCCGACGGGCCGCCCUGCGCCGGCUCCUCCAUGAGGAGCAGCAGCAGCACCAGCGGGAGCUGCGGCAGCUCGGGAAGGCUUUCUACGUGGAGCGGCUCUGAGCGGGGGCAGCACCGGGGAAUAAAAGGAGCUGA